GUGCCAUUCAACUUCCACCUGUGGGUGUGUGUGUGUCUUCGAUACUGUCGUAGCAGAUAGUGCCAUCCUGUAUUUCGAGAUACAAACAAUGUAUUCUUGUUCUGGAAUGUGUGUUUCUACUGUCUUUAAAUCCAGUGUUAUCCCCAAGGAUAUGUCGGAACGGACCGCUGUUAUGGAAUAAGUUGUGUUAAGUGUGUGGGCUGUCACGCUGUGGUACUGACAGUGAUUCCCAUUCAUGGGAUUAUCUAAGUUAAACAGGAUUAUUUUUGCGUACACUGGAUUAUUUCAUAUACACAGGAUUUUCCCUAAAUAUUUACCUGGACUUAGCUGAAUCACAUGGAGGAUAAUUGUCGACCUGACCGAGGUGCAUUUGAUGUUUUCAAAGGUAUUACGAUAACCAAAACAUGUCCUAAUAUCUUUACGUAUAAUAUGCCAUGUUUAUUUAUUUUGAAUUCGUGUCGUGCCAGUGGUGUAGGAUACAAAAUGCGUGGGUGGGGGGGGGUGAGGGGGUUACUUUUUACUUAAUAUGGAGGGGCUGCCUUUUCGUCCGCCUCCAUAGUGGACGAGGGGCGGCAUAAUGAUCACUCCGCCCUCAGCGGCAUUGACCGUAGCUACGCCACUGACUCGUGCCAAAGACACUCUCAAAUGAUCAGGAUAUAUUAUAUAGCAUUCUCUGUUCUUCAACUCUCCAUCCCAAGCAGCAGCUUGGUGGGGCUUUAGGAAACAAGCAGUAAACAGCACUAACAGCAACUUGUUGGGGCUUUAGGAAACAAGCAGUAAACAGCACUAACAGCAACUUGUUGGGGCUUUAGGAAACAAGCAGUAAACAGCACUAACAGCAACUUGUUGGGGCUUUAGGAAACAAGCAGUAAACAGCACUAACAGCAACUUGUUGGGGCUUUAGGAAACAAGCAGUAAACAGCACUAACAGCAACUUGUUGGGGCUUUAGGAAACAAGCAGUAAACAGCACUAACAGCAGCUUGGUGGGGGCUUUCCGAAACAUAAUGUAUGUUAAGUGUUGAAGCAACAUGAGAACACAAUUACAACUGAAUAACAUCAAGCGUGCAACGCUGUCUGAAUAUAUCGACUCAAAGAAGGUCAGAGCCGAUUGUUAAAUGUGUCACAGGUAUGAGGGAGUAUGUUUGCGAUGUUUACUUGAACUGCAAGGAGGUCAUGCGUGACCGAUGAGUGACGAGUGUGGGAGAACGUCCGGUUCAGUUUAUCAUUAACCAUCUGCCGUAUGACUGCCUGGACCAACUGCCGUAUGACUGCCUGGACCAACUGCCCUAUGACUGCCUGGACCAACUGCCCUAUGACUGCAUGGACCAACUGCCCUAUGACUGCCUGGACCAACUGCCGUAUGACUGCCUGGACCAACUGCCCCAUGACUGCCUGGACCAACUGCCCUAUGACUGCCUGGACCAACUGCCCUAUGACUGCCUGGACCAACUGCCGUAUGACUGCCUGGACCAACUGCCCUAUGACUGCCUGGACCACCUGCCCUAUGACUGCCUGGACCAACUGCCCUAUGACACCUGGAUCAACUGCCCUAUGACUGCCUGGACCAACUGCCCUAUGACUGCAUGAAGACAUCUCUGUAGACGUAAUUUGAUUCAGAUGACGUUACGCAUUUCCUCAAAUCGUGUCGUGCGCGUGAUAUUAUCAAAGGGCCUGCAUUUUUGCUCGACCGUGGACAGUACAAACAUCUGACCACCCGCAGCGUCCACGGGGGAAUCUCGCAUAAUGUGACGUCCUACUUGUGUCAGCCAUGUCUGUGUCGGUCGUGUUCAAAGCUGCUCAUCACCUUAGGACCCGUUGAUCUCUUUCUGUGUGGAAUUAAUCUUUAGGUCACUAUUAACUAUGAAAACGCAGAGAAUGAAAAUCUUGCAAGGUGCAAACCACCUGUAGUCUUAGUGUAAACUUUAACACUGCAAACCACCUGAAGACUUUGUAUAAACCUUAACACUGUUCAAAUUAUUGAUGUUGCUCCUUACUUUAUAUUUGUCAUUCUUGAACAAUCUUAUUUCUCCGCGAGUCAUGUUCCUAAGCCUGACAUGUUUUUGUUAUUUUUGACCGCCGAUCACCUUUCCGUCCCCUAAUUCACUCAGGUCUACAUUCGUUCAUAUGCGCCUUACUUCACUCACCUUCAGGGAAUGCCUGCCUAAACCAUGCCUUCCUAAUCAAUGCCUGCCUAAUCCAUGCCUUCCUAUCCCAUACUUUCCCAUGCAUGCCUAAACAAUGCCUGCCUAACCAAUGCAUGCCCAACCAAUGCCUGCCUAAACAAUGCCUGCCUAACCAAUGCAUGCCCAACCAAUGCCUGCCUAAUCCAUGCCUGUCUAAGCCUUGCCUGCCUAAACCAUGCCUGUCUAAACCAAGCCUGCCUAAUCCAUGCCUGUCUAAACCAUACCUGCCUAGUCCAUGUCUGUCUAAACCAUGCCUGCCUAGUCCAUGCCUGCCUAAUCCAUGCCUGUCUAAACCAUGCCUGCCUAAUCCACGCCUGCCUAAUCCAUGCCUGUCUAAACCAUGCCUGCCUAAUCCAUGCCUGCCUAAUCCAUGCCUGUCUAAACCAUGCCUGCCUAAUCCAUGCCUGUCUAAACCAUGCCUGCCUAAUCCAUGCCUGUCUAAACCAUGCCUGCCUAAUCCAUGCCUGUCUAAACCAUGCCUGUCUAAACCAUGCCUGCCUAAUCCAUGUCUGUCUAAACCAUGCCUGCCUAAUCCAUGCCUGUCUAAACCAUGCCUGCCUAAUCCAUGCCUGCCUAAUCCAUGCCUGUCUAAACCAUGCCUGCCUAAUCCAUGCCUGUCUAAACCAUGCCUGCCUGGCAAAAAAUUGCGACGUCACGAAUUUUUCAAUUAUUUUAAUUUUUUUUUUUAUAUCUUAAAAUGUUCUAACUUUGAAAAAUCUUUAUGCAAUUAAUUUUAAAAACAUUAAUUUGAGUUCGAAAUUGCGUCAGGUAUUACAGGUACCGUGAAAAUCAGUCACCCACACCUACUGUGCAAAUAGAAAACUGACGCCAAAACUGUUGUGGCCAUUUUACAUUCGGCUCGUGGAGGACUUGGUUGCUUUGCGUUUUACGUCACAGUUUUCUAAUAAUACCACAUCUUAAUCCAUUAUGGGGAAAAUGUUAAAGAAUAAAAUAAAAUCUUAGUUAAGUUUUGGAAAUUGUAUGCAUGUUUUGAAUCUUUUAGGUGUGACGUGACACUAAGGGGUAGGGGGUGACGAAUUUGUGACACUUUGUGACAGUGGAAGAGGGGAGUCUGAAAAUGUCAAUUUUUAUGCUUGACGUUAUUUGCGAACUAACCAUUAUCCGUUGAAGUCUUUAAUCAUUGGUCAGCUGAUAAUGCAAAGUAUACGGUUUACAUCUUAAUUAAGGGUUUAAUUUUUUUCUUUUACUUCUUUUAAACUUUAUUUUCACCUUUUUUUAAACUAAUAUUUUUAUCAGACUUCAAAUGUUUAUUUGCCCCCCCCCCUUUUUUGAAGUUGCAGGUGUUGUUUAAAUUGUUAUGUACUGCGGCGCCUCCAGUAAUAAACAACUUAACAAGCCGACCAAGUUUUUGGUUUUGCCCCCCCCUCUCCCCCCCCACCCUGAAAAAAAAACUGAAAUGACGCCCCUGAGUAGCAGUAGGAAGCCUAGAUGAAUUUCGAAGGGGGAGCCCCGGCAGGCAUUUUAUGGUUUGAACAGGAUAUAUGAGCAUGUGUUGUGAGGCGCACUUUCAAAAGUUCUCCCCGGAUGACAUUUAGUUACCGUUAGCCACCGGUGUACAGUCUCCGUGGGCGGCAUUUAGUUACGGUUAGUCACCGGUGUACAGUCUCCCUGGCUGGCAUUUAGUUACGGUUAGUCACUGGUGUACAGUCUCCCUGGGCGGCAUUUAGUUACGCUUAGCCACCGGUGUACAGUCUCCCUGGGCGGCAUUUAGUUACGGUUAGCCACUGGUGUACAGUCUCCCUGGCUGGCAUUUAGUUACGGUUAGCCACCGGUGUACAGUCUCCCUGGGCGGCAUUUAGUUACGGUUAGCCACCGGUGUAUAGUCUCACCAGGUGGCAUUUAGUUACAGUUAGCCACGGUUAUACAGUGUACGAAUUCUUCGUUUACCAUCCUAGAGGUAUGCCUUACGGCUUUAAAUCAGUCUGACCCCAACAGAACUUCUCGGUUGAAAUUACGCACAGAGGCUAAUGAUAAAAAAAUUUCAAAGCCCCAGAUGACAGUGCGGCUGUGCUAUAAAUUUGUGGAUUGAGCCCUAAGUCGAUUUGACAUUCGACACCGUUAUCUUCGCGUCAACUUGAUCGCUCGUUCGCCGCGGUCUUACUGCUACUCUCUAGCUCAUUUUGGGUAAUGAACAGAACGUUUCUCUACCUUUUUUUUCACGCCCGUUUACACAAAUGGGUGAUAAAUCUCACUUUUGUCGACAAAACAUCUGGUGCCCAGGAGAUGAAAGGGCUUGAACUUAAAAAUAGACCACCUCAAGUCAGUUUAAGAAAUGUUUGAGACUUCUUUAUGAGUGUUGUUUUUACAUGUGACCAGAAGAUCAACCCAUGUCUCGUUAAUCUCCCUCUAUUACCCCAACCUGAUAACAUAGCUGUAAAUAUUUUACCCCAAUCCACUGACAUAGCUGUAAAUAUGUUACCCCAAUCCGUUGACAUAGCUGUAAAUAUGUUACCGCAAUCCACUGACAUGGCUGUAAAUAUUUUACCCCAACCUGUUGAUAUAGCUGUAAAUAUGUUACCCCAAUCCGUUGACAUAGCUGUAAAUAUGUUACCCCCAACCUGUUGACAUAGUUGUAAAUAUGUUACCCAAGACUUUAACAUAGGUUUAAAUCUUUUAGUCCAACCCUUUAAGAAUGGUUACGUAAUAAUUUAGAAGAGUAACCUACCAUAUUUUUGUGAUAAAUCUCUUUUUUUAGAAUCCAGUACUUGAAUUACUGUAACUAGGUCAGGGCUGGCCCUAACAAUUGCGGGGCCCUAUGCGAACGGGUUGCAACGGGUUGCGCGGGGCCCAGUCUGGGUAGGGAUAAGGAAACUAAGUGAAAAUUAAGAUUUUGUAUUAGAAAAUAAAGUGUGGGGCCCACUGCGGCCGCAUAGGUUGCAGUGGCCCAUUAGGCCGGCCCCGAAUUGGGUAACUUAUUGCUUUUACUACCCUUAAGGUUUCUAUGCUUUUGAUUAUUUUAGUCGACUUUAACGUAAGGAUUUUAAAUUUAUUAACUUGCAUUUCAAAAUCCAAUUGAUGGUGGAAAGUUUGCAUCACCCACCAAUGAUACAAGAUUGAGAAUCAAAGUUGCACAAUCAGUGUUGUCUUAUAUAGCCAGUCACAAACAUUGCUUCCUUGGAGUACACAGUGCUGUCUUUUAUAGCUAGUUACAAACAAAGCUUCCUUUGAGUACACAGACAGCGUUGUCUUAUAAUAUAUAGCCAUUCACAAAUAUGGCUUCCUUUGAGUACACAGUGUUGUCUUAUAUAGCCAGUCACAAACAUGGAUUUCUUUGAGUACACAGACAGUGUUGUCUUAUAUAGCCAGUCAAAAACACGGCUUCAUUUGAGUGCACAUACAGUUUUUUCUUAUAUAGGCAGUCACAAACAUGGCUUUCUUUUAGUACACAGUGUUUUCUUAUAUAGCCAUUCACAAACAUGGCUUCCUUUGUGUACACGGACAGUGUUUUCUGUCUCAGCCUUUACCGUGAUUGAAAGUCACAUGACCCGGAGUUUGAAUAGUACUCCUCUGCUUGAAAUAAAUUCUUCUCCAACGUUUCUUUUUUUUUCUUUUAAAAUCCUGUAAUCACAACCUGUCUUCACACAACCUUAUUACCAUACGCCCAUUAACGUCCCUGGUGCUUAUUAAGUCAUUUGUGGGGAGCUUUCUCUCCCCUCUCCGUCUCCAACUCCUCCCAGCAGACGUGAACUUCUCAUGGUUUCGGUAUUUGAAUUGAACUUGUUCGACCGGGGAAUGCCCAUCGCCCAAAACACGAAAUAAUAAAGUCCAAAUAAUCAAUACAAAGUGCGCCUUGAUUUGUCCGCGAACUAUUUCAGAGCAGGCUGCUGAAAGUUGUCUCCACUUGUAUAAUAAUUAAGUGGUGUAUGUGGAGCUGGUUGUUUUAUUAAAUGGUGGCCGGUUGGGGGGGGGGGUUAAAAUCAAAUGGCGGGUGGAUGUUUGUGUUUAUUAGGUGGGGAAUGGUGGUUUGUGAAAGUUGUUUGCUUGUGGAACUUGUAUAAUAAUUAAGUGGUGUAUGUGGAGCUGGUUGUUUUAUUAAAUGGUGGCCGGUUGGGGGGGGGGGGUUAAAAUCAAAUGGCGGGUGGAUGUUUGUUUUUAUUAAGUGGUGAAUGGUUGUUUGUGCAAGUUGUUUGCUUGUGGAAGUUAUUUGGUUUUUUUUUAGUUUUCUUUAGUUUCUUUGUAUUAUUAUUAUUGCUUUUUUUUUUUUUUUAAGAUUGAAAAGGUUGAAACGAAAUAAAAAAUCUAGAUCUAUUUAACUAUAACUAAACGAAAUAAAAAAUCUAUUUAACUAUAACUAAACAAAAUAAAAAUAUAUUUAACUAUAACUAAACAAAAUAAAAAAUCUAUUUAACUAUAACUAAACAAAAUAAAAAAUCUAUUUAACUAUAACUAAACAAAAUAAAAAAUCUAUUUAACUAUAACUAAACAAAAUAAAAAAUCUAUUUAACUAUAACUAAACAAAAUAAAAAUCUAUUUAACUAUAACUAAACAAAAUAAAAAAUCUAUUUAACUAUAACUAAACAAAAUAAAAAUCUAUUUAACUAUAACUAAACAAAAUUAAAAUCUAUUUAACUAUAAUUUAUCUAUAAAUCUAGACAUCGUUAAUUUUUCAAAAUAUGCAAUGGGAAAUACAGCGACACAACCUCGUCCUGUGUUUUUUUUUUGUUUUUUUUUUAAUUAACGAUAAUGUUUUAUUUGGUUGUUUUUUUGAUUUUAUUAUUUUAUCAGAUUAUGUCAUGAAAGGCGUGGGUCCGGAAACUGACUUUUGAAAUCCCACUGGUUGUCACAUGAGAUUGACAACCUGUCACCACAAUGCUAUCACAUGACUAGUCAUGCACGCCCUAACCAAAACAGCCCCCUCCUUCCCCUNAUUCGUCCUUAAUUCAUUAACAUUUAUUAUUAUUUAGCAGCUUAAAAAAAUAUUUUAAAAAUGUGCAUUAAUUUCAAAACUAAGCCCCCCCCCAGAGGUUUCAGUGAAACGACCACUUUAUAAUCCCAGUGGGCCAAAUUAUUAUAUGGUUAUGUUGAAGGGAGACUCUUCUUCUUCUUUAUUUUGAGGGCCCACGAUCAAUGAAUUGAUCAUUCUGGCUCCUAUGUUUCAGACUCUUGCUAUAUUAUAUAUGUAAUUACCCCCAUACACCAUGGCGAGGAUCGAAGCCCUCAAGACCGUUCUGGGAAUUAAUUUUUUUUUUUUGUAAACGACAAACCUGAAGUUUACUAUAAAAUAUUGAAUUUAGUAGAGAAAUGAAAACAAUUUUUUUUUUAAAGUUGUGUACACAAAACUAGAUUGUGUUACAAGCGAGAGUUUUUUUGUUUUUUUUUUUAAUAUUAACGGAAUAAAUGUUAAAUGAAAGGCCUACCUGAUCAAACGUAAAAACAAUUUUUAUUGAAGAUAUUUGUCAUAAUUUAACAAGUGGUUAAUAAAGUAUGAUAUGCCUUCGUAAAAACCCUUAUAUAACAUUACCUUACUUCUCCUAAUAAAGGUAUUUAACAUGACAUUACUUGUCGUUAUAAGCGUAUGUAACAUUACCUUACUUGCCGUUAAAAGCGUAUGUAACAUUACCUUACUUAUCGUUUAAAACGUAUCUAACAUUACCUUACCGCUCGUAAUGAAAGUAUGUAACAUUACCUUACUCCUCGUUAAAAGCGUCUGUAAUAUCACAUCAUGAAAAUAAAUAAUUCUAUGGUGUGAAACGUUCGAGAUCAUCUACAGAACAACACAGUUCGGAAGCACUGGACUGAAACAAAACCAUGAGCUUGUUCUUUGCUCACAGUACGAGAGGACCGGACUAAAACAACACAAUGGGUUUGUUCUUUGCUCACAGUUAAGGAGCACUGUACUGAAAAACACCAUGGGUUUGUUCUUUGCUCACAGUUCGAGAGCACCGGGCAGAAACAAUACAAUGGGUUUUUUCUUUGCUCACACUUUCGGGAGCACUGUACUAAAACAACACCAUGGGUUUGUUCUUUGCUCACAGUUCGGGAGCACUGCACUGAAACAACACCAUGGGUUUGUUCUUUGCUCACAGUUUGGAGAGCACUGUACUGAAACAACACCAUGGGCUUGUCCUUUGCUCACAUUUCAGGAGCACUGGAUUGAAACAGCACACUGGGCUUGUUCUUUGCUCACAGUUCGAGAGCACUGGACUGAAACAACAAAAUGGUUUGUUACAAUGGGCCUGUUCUUUGCUCACAGCACGGGAGCACUGGACUGAAACAACAAAUGCAAUGACUUUGCCGUUAGCUCACGGUACGCGAACACCUUGAUUAUAUCCACACCAUGAUCGUGCCUUUGGGUCACAGUAUGAGAACACCUGACUGAACCAACACAAUGAAUUUGUCGUGGGCUCAGAUCUUGUCCUGUCCCUUGCGUCUUCCUGAGUGCACUUCACAUGUGUCAAGUUCUAUGGGGAUCUAUACCCCUUGACAAUCCUGUAGAUAAUAUACGUUUGCUAUUGUAUGUAAUUAAUAUCUUGUUACUUUGUGAUAUCAAAGCUAGAAAUGUGUAAGUCGCACAGUAAAGAAUAUCUGGUUUUCGAGCAAUAAAAGUAGAAUAUAGUGUACCCCGCACAACUUUUUUAAAAAAAAGGUCGUUGUGCAACGCAUGGGAACCGUCAGUGUUGACGUCGCUUAUGCAACGACACGAAGGUGAGGUCAUGUGUAUAAAUAGCUGGCUCGUGAAUGAUUUGGGGGAUGGGUUAUUGAUUCAGGACACAUUGUUUUCACCUUAUUUUUUUUAUUUUAUUUUUUUUUUGAAAGCAAAUAAAUACUUUCAAAGAAGUUACGUUUUUUUCAGUAUACUGCUCUAUGUCAUUUUCCUGUACGGACUCAGAAAGCUGACUUCAGUAUACUGCUCUAUGUCAUUUUCCUGUACGGACUCAGAAAGCUGACUUCAGUAUACUGCUCUAUGUCAUUUUCCUGUACGGACUCAGAAAGCUGACUUCAGUGUACUGCUCUAUGUCAUUUUCCUGUACGGACUCAUAAGAAAGCUGCCAUCGUAAUCACUUUGCUAUCAUUUAAUGAUAAAAUAACACAUUUAUUUUUCAGAACAAUAAUACAGAUUAAAUCUUACACUAUAUUUGGUUAUUUGCGUGCAUUUUCCGCCGCCUGUGUGUGCAUGUGUCUCUUUGUGCAUUUGUUCGUGCAUGCUUGAGUGUGUUAGACGAUGUUAUAUUAGAAAACAUCAGUUGGAUUAAAGAUAGCAUCUGUUAUAUCCCAGCCCCGCGUGUAGACUUUGAUGACCUCAAUUUCGAUUCAACGCGAAGUUGCAUCGUAGAGCUAUCUCUAUUGUUUUUAUAACUGCCAACACCAAUCAGAUUGUCCUUGCAGUUGGGGGUAUCUGGUUGGGGGUGUCUUGUUGGGGGUAUCUGGUUGGGGAUGCCUGGUUUGGGGUGUCUGGUCGGGGGUGGUUGGUUGGGGUAUCUGGUUUGGGGUGUCUGGUUGGGGUAUCUGGUUGAGGGUGUCUGGUUGGGGGUAUCUGGUCGAGGGUGUCUGGUCGGUGGUGUCUGGUUAGGGGUGUCUGGUUAGGGGUAUCUGGUUGAGGGUGUCUGGUUGGGGGUAUCUGGAUGAGGGUGUCUGGUUUGGGGUGUCUGGUCGGGGGUGGUUGGUUGGGGGUAUCUGGUUUGGGGUGUCUGGUUGGGGUAUCUGGUUGAGGGUGUCUGGUUGGGGGUAUCUGGUUGAGGGUGUCUGGUCGGUGGUGUCUGGUUGGGGGUGUCUGGUUAGGGGUAUCUGGUUGAGGGUGUCUGGUUGGGGGUAUCUGGAUGAGGGUGUCUGGUUGGUGGUGUCUGGUUGGGGGUGUCUGGUUAGGGGUAUCUGGUUGAGGGUGUCUAGUUGGGGGUAUCUGGAUGAGGGUGUCUGGUUGGGGUAUCUGGUCGAGGGUGUCUGGUUGGGGGUGUCUGGUUGAGUGUGUCUGGUGGGGGUAUCUGGUCGGGGGUGUCUGGUCGGGGGUGUCUGGUCGGGGGUGUCUGGUCGGGGUAUCGUACUUUCUUUUAUUAUAUUUAAUCAAGGGCAUCGUCGUUUGUGCUAUGUAGUGUUUGUUGACGAGCCAUUUGAAAGCGAACGACUCUUUACGUUUAAAAACGAAUUGCUUUACGUAACAAAUCUUAAAAUGGGUGAGUUGGUAUUUUGCAGACGUAGAGAUGGGGACAGGUUGGGACUAGUCUUAAGCAAGAAAUAACCCCACCCCCCUCAACAAAUUCCCGUUCGAACCAAUUUCCGUCCGAACAAACAUCGGACGAACAAUUUUCCGAUUUGAAAAAAAUGUCUUUUGUGCAAAUGCCCGGACACGAAUUUAACUUAUAACAUGUUUAUUUAAAAACAUCCCACGGUCAUAAGGAACUUCCGGAUCCUCUAACCAUGAGCUGAGUUGUAAACGAGGCUCCUCGAGCCAGAAUCAGCUGAUCAAACAAACGAAUGUGUGCCGUGGAAUCUUGUUUUAGUUGGUUUUUUUUUAAAGUUACGUUUGCAGGGGCAAUUAACCUGCUGUUUAUUUCCUUAUCUUCGCGCCAGAGUAAAUCCGUUGUCACGUGUUUGCAAAGCUGGGGUUCUUAUUUGAAAGAAAUCUCCAGCUCUAAGCCGGCCCCUUUAAGAAGCUAAUCUUUUCGGGGGGCUUGGAUCAAACGCUGUCGCCCGUCCGCUUUCAGGUUACACCUGUCUCAAGGUCUUCGACGUCUGACGAAUUUCGUUGACACAGUUAAAUGUCACAGCGACCGCCAUCUUGUUAUUCUCAACCUACGCUUUCGGAUUCUAAACAUCUGUACAUAAUUUAUAAAUAUUUAUAUAUAUAUUUAUAUCUAGGAUUUGCGUGAGUACCCAUAUCCCCUGCCUGUCCUAUUUCUUCUUGGAGAGCUUUCACCCACGUAGGACAUUCGUUGUUUUUGGGGGGUCCUAGUCCAGUGGUCAUCUAAUCGCGGCUCGCGAGCCGCAUGCGGCACUGGCGACCUGAGUUCGGCUCGGCCAGUCGGCCACAAAUCAGUUUUGACUCGGGAAAAACAUGGUUCUUGAAAAGGUUCUUGAAAAGAAACUUGGCUCAAAAUUGUCAAUCAUUCUGCUGCUGAUUUGUUGGUGCUUUUGACUAAUGAGUUUUCCGACAACUGCCCAUAGUCCAUUCUGCUUUUCCGUGUCGUGCGCUUUCUUUGGACUGGAGCGGUGCGUUUACCCUCUGAGGGUAGUGCUCCAUCAGUGAGUAUGCCUUGCCAGCUUGUAAGGUCCAUUGCAGUUGUCUAUCCCACGAAUCAGGGUGUACACUUCUCUCUGUCUUCCUUCAUCUCUUCGUUAACCUGUAGGUUUGAAGGUUCGCCGUCAUACUUCUCGCUCACUUAAUUCUUAAAUGUCCUAUCAAUAUAAGUAUGUCUUAAUAACGCUCGCAUCACCCUUACACUGUUUUCCGUAGUAUCUUCAUCGGUCUCACUUUCUAUCUCUUUCCCUAUAUGUCUUACAGCCUUUCUCACCGUUUCUCUCUGUCUAAAAUGUUCUCUGUCUCUCUAUUUUUCUCUUUCUCUCUCCCCCCUCUCUCUCGCUCUCUCUCUCCCCUCUCUCCCCCCCUCUCUCUCUCCCCUCUCUCUCGCUCUCUCUCUCUCCCCUCUCUCUCUCUCCCCUCUCUCUCACUCUCUCUUUCUCUCCCUCGCUCUCUCUCUCCUCUCUCUCCCCUCUCUCUCUCUCUCUCCCCUAUGAUAACCUUAACAAUAACGAAUUAUUCCAAUGUUUUGACGUGAUGACCACAAUCAUCCUAAACAGCAUAUUGACCUUUGACCUUUCACAACGUUAUACCGACUCUCGGACACUCUAAAACAGGAAAGUGGUGCACGGUAAAGGUGGGAAAGGGGGGGGGGGGUUUCCUAUGAAACCGUGUGUAACUAUUUCUACAUCUAUUUAUAUUGACCAUCAUUACUGACUGCUUAUAACGCCUGUCAAAUGGUGUCAUGUGACACCGUGCUGCUUGUAACGCCUGUCAACUGGUGUCAUUGGACACNGUCAAAUGGUGUCAUGUGACACCGUGCUGCUUAUAACGCCUGUCAAAUGGUGUCAUGUGACACCGUGCUGCUUAUAACGCCUGUCAAAUGGUGUCAUGUGACACCGUGCUGCUUAUAACGCCUGUCAAAUGUUGUCAUGUGACACCGUACUGCUUAUAACGCCUGUCAAAUGGUGUCAUGUGACACCGUGCUGCUUAUAACGCCUGUCAAAUGUUGUCAUGUGACACCGUACUGCUUAUAACGCCUGUCAAAUGAUGUCAUGUGACACCGUGCUGCUUAUAACGCCUGUCAAAUGUUGUCAUGUGACACCGUACUGCUUAUAACGCCUGUCAAAUGGUGUCAUGUGACACCGUGCUGCUUAUAACGCCUGUCAAAUGGUGUCAUGUGACACCGUGCUGCUUAUAACGCCUGUCAAAUGGUGUCAUGUGACACCGUGUCAAAAAAGUUUCUCGUUAUUUUAAUUUAAAAAAAAAAAAACAGAAUCAGCCACGUCACUUGACAUGUUUUGUUUUUUUUAACCGCAAAUUGAAAAUGAAUAUGCGUGACGUCAUAUGAAUGGAUUCGGCGUCACAUGUACCUGUACUAACAUUGCACCAGUUGUAACAUUGCACCAAUAGCAACAUUGCACCAGUUGUAACAUUGCACAAGUAAUAACAUUGCACCAGUAGUAACAUUGCACCAAUCGUCAAUUUUUUCCUUUUGUAACAUUUCCCCUGGGGUAACAUUUUGCCAAUUAAAUUUGCAGUUCUGCCGAUGUCAUACUAUCUUAAAUAUGCAACAGACAAGGAGGACAACCUCAAAAUAUGGGCGAAUGGCGACAAUCGUAGAAAGUGGGUACAAUGGAAGAGAGUGGGAACAAUGGUAGAAAGUGGGUACAAUGGUAGAAAGUGGGGACAAUGGAAGAGAGUGGGGACAAUGGAAGAGAGUGGGGACAGUGGUAGAAAGUGGGGACAAUGGUAGAAAGUGUAAACCAAAGUUGACAUUAUCUAAACGUAUCAAACACUUUAGAGUUACCCUUACAGUCAUAAAAAUAACAGUUUGCACAAAGUCACGUCUUAUCAAAGAACAAUAAAUUCAGGAUUACAUGACGGGGUAAUGGCCCUUGGUAUGGUAAUGGCUCUUGGUAACCUUAUGGCGUCCUCUGGGGGUGUGAAUAAGCUCACGGAACAGUCUGGUGUUGCAGUGGCGUAGAGGGGGGAAGUUGUUGGUUUGGAUGGGGGUCGAGGUGAAAGCUGUAAGUCUAUCCUCCCAACCCUUUUAUACACAUUUUACUCCCCUUCCCCCUACCCAACCAUGCAAUGUCUAUCCCUCACUCCAACUAAAUCUUUUCUGCAAUGCCUCACGCCCCUCCAAAGCUACGCCUCUGGAUUCAUAUCUUGCCCACCACCCUUGAUACACCUGUGCUCCCGGUGCUUUGUCUGAAAUUGGCCUAGUAACAAAUUCAUAUAUAAUCCUGACGCCGUCCCGUUGAAUAGAAAGUAGUUCUUAAUUUUAACUUCUUAAAUCGGCGGUUCUAAACAUUUUUCCACCACUCGGGCACUGACAUUUCAACAAACAACUAAUCAGAGUAAAUUAGCAUUGGAUUUUCCCCUAUGUUAUAUUACAUUACUUAUAAAAUGGUAGUCGUGCCUCAGCUAGUUCUAUGCAUCACUGACCAGCUUGACGUCGUCAUGAAGUGCUUAGUUGGGUCAUUAGGUUUAACUAAAUGAGCCGCUCCACCACCGCCACCCCACAGACAUAUUUAUUAUAACAACCCAGUCAAUCACGUGAAAGCAACUGGCCAAGUUUAUGGGCUACAUUGAGAUACAUGCGGCUAUGGGAAGCAAUACGAAGCCCUGUGUUGAUAAUGUUGUUGGUGGGGGGUCGUUAGGGGGGGGGGUCGCGUGUCUAUUUUUAGAUGAAUUGUUUGUGAUUAGUUGUUCACAUUGUCAUUUCACCAGUGCAACAUUUCCUGAAGUCUCUGUUUUCCAAGACCAGGUUUCCAUACCGCAGUUUCCCCCGGACGUGUGUAUGGGUAGACCUUGACACAUUCUUAUUGUAAUCGGGCCCCCCAGUACAAGCUGCGAAACUCUGGAGGUGGACAUUGUUUGGCAGUUCCGGUCAGUGUCCACAAAACGGGGUUGCCAGGGACGCACCUGCAUACAAUCAUGUUCCUCGGCACUAAUUGCCAGUGCAAACAAACCAUACACCGGUGUCCGCAAAGCUAAUGUCCAGCGUAAACCACGAGGGUCUCAUCAAUUGAGCAGGCAAAUCUAAACCUGACCCAAUGAAAACACGGUGUUUUUGUAUGGACAGUGGUCAUUCUUGUGAUGGAUUACAAUCAAAUGUAUUCGAUUCUCAAAUGUUUGAAUAGCUUGUCUGUAGGCCGGCAGGUAGCGUGGGGAACUGUCUGUAGGCCGGCGGGUAGCGUGGGGAACUGUCUGUAGGCCGGCGGCUAGCGUGGGGAACUGUCUGUAGGUCUAUUGUUUAUAGAAAAUGAGAAGUUAACUCUUUUUUUUUUUUUUUUUUUUUUUGUAACACUUUGAUCCACAGGGUAUUUUCUCAAAAUACCCAGACCCAGUGUCAAAAAAAAAAACUGCAUCCGGUUAGUAUAAAUAAGUUUGCUAAUGGGGCUUUAGUCACGGGUAGGUUAAGCAUUAAUCACAACUCGCCUAAUGUGCCUGACUUUCAGAGCCUGCUAAACAACAACGCUUUAGUGCGAGCCUCUCGUUAUUGCAGGCACCAAAUCCAAGUUUCAAUCACGUGACGCAUGAACAAUGUCGUGUCUUGACAUCUCGUGAAGGGACGAUCUCCAGGUCGAUCUCCAGGUGAACAGUUUGACAGGAGUCCAUCCAUGCCGGGCCGGCUAGGAAACAGUGGGCAUGCCAGCCCCGGUCCACAAGUGCUGUCCGCUCAAGGUCAGACGUAAAGGAUAUUUUAUUUUUAAAAUAAUGGCGUUUAAGUAGGCUUGACAUUUUUUUAAUUUUUUUUUUUUUGCCAAAGUUGCCACCACAAAGUUAAAUUUGGGAGUUAUAUUAAAACGUUUUCUAUAAUUUAACAGGAACUGUAAAAUCACCUAGUUACCUUUACCCAUGAAGUUGAGAGUUUUGAGAUCCCAAAGACAAUGACGGGUAGUGGGGUCCCAAGUUCUCACCCUCGUGAAAAUUUGAUGGGUCACUUAGGGUAAAGUUCACCUGAAAGAUGAUAGUGACAUUUGUUGUAAGGUGACAAGUUUGUCAUUUAAGUACAGAUGUCUAUACCAUCAAUGAAAUAUGCUGACUCGGGUCUUAAAUAAGCCGACAACUUCACCGAAAUGUAUGUCUCGUGUUGUUUUAAUUCGGAAUGAAAUGUUCCAACAUACCUGCGCUACUACCAGAAAUGAACUGUUCCCAAAUACCUGUGCUCCUAACACAAAUAAAAUGUUAAUAAAUACCUGUGCUCUUAAUAGAAAUAAAAUGUUCCUAAAUACCUGCGCUCCUAACACAAAUAUAAUGUUCCUAAAUACAUGUGCUCCUACAACAAAACAAAAUGUUUCUAAAUACCUGUGCUCCUAAUAGAAAUAAAAAUGUUCCUAAAUACCUGUGCUCACACCAGAAAGGAAAUGUUCCUAAAUACCUGUGCUCCUAACACAAAUAAAAUGUUCCUAAAUACCUGUGCUCACACCAGAAAGGAAAUGUUCCUAAAUACAUGUGCUCCUAACACAAAUAAAAUGUUCCUAAAUACAUGUGCUCCUAAUAGAAAUAAAAUGUUCCUAAAUACCUGUGCUCCUAACUGAAAUAAAAAUGUUCCUAAAUACCUGUGCUCCUAAUAGAAAUAAAAUGUUCCUAAAUACCUGUGCUCACACCAGAAAGGAAAUGUUUCAAAAUACCUGUGCUCCUAACACAAAUAAAAUGUUCCUAAAUACCUGUGCUCCUAAUAGAAAUAAAAAUGGUCCUAAAUACCUGUGCUCCUAACAGAAAUAAAAUGUUCCUAAAUACCUGUGCUCACACCAAAAAGGAAAUGUUCCUAAAUACCUGUGCUCCUAACACAAAUAAAAUGUUCCUAAAUACAUGUGCUCCUAAUAGAAAUAAAAUGUUCCUAAAUACCUGUGCUCCUAACAGAAAUAAAAUGUUCCUAAAUACCUGUGCUCCUAACAGAAAUAAAAUGCUCCUAAAUACCUCUGCUCCUAACAGAAAUAAAAUGUUCCUCAAUACCUGUGCUCCUGACAGAAAUAAAAUGUUCCUAAACACCAGUGCUUACACCAAAAAUAAAAUGUUCAUAAAUACCUGCGUUUCUACCAAAAAUAAAAUUUUCCUAAAUACCUGUGCUCCUAACAGACAUAAAAUGUUCCCACAUAUCUGUACUCACACCAGACAUAAAAUGUUCCCACAUAUCUGUACUCACACCAGACAUAAAAUGUUCCCACAUACCUGUACUCACACCAGACAUAAAAUGUUCCUAAAUACCUGUACUCACACCAGACAUAAAAUGUUCCCACAUAUCUGUACUCACACCAGACAUAAAAUGUUCCCACAUAUCUGUACUCACACCAGACAUAAAAUGUUCCCACAUACCUGUACUCACACCAGACAUAAAAUGUUCCCACAUACCUGUACUCACACCAGACAUAAAAUGUUCCUAAAUACCUGUACUCACACCAGACAUAAAAUGUUCCUAAAUACCUGUACUCACACCAGACCGACCUGUGCCGGCGGCUAGACGAAACACUCAUCUUGUCCACAAGUCCAUUACUGACCAACUGGCCUCUGGCGCCGUUGACAUCGAUGAUAUUUACCAGCGUGGACAGUUCAACUCAUUUAACCAGGUGAGCUAAUCCACUGGAUUAUAUUUCAUUGCAUAAUUAUAGAUCUUUUUUUUUUAAUUUGAUUAAAAGCUAUUAAUACAUGUAAUAAUGAAAAAAUGGGGAUUUCUACACUAAUUAAUAGGUUGUCUAUGGUAAUACCCUUAAGUAUAAUAUGGAAUGAGAUCUUGGUGUUUCCCUUAUUAAAUAUUCUAUACUUUACUUCACAAUUAUUCAAUAAACAAUCCUGUAAAACUGAAGUAUUUACAGGUUAGCAGCGUAUAUAUGCAAACUGUUUAUAAUAAGGGAUGUGUUACGAAAAUAAGUUAGCGUUUUAUGGAAUUUUUUGUUCUAAGAUUUGCGUUAAACGUUUAACAUGAUGUACAUAAAUCAAGUGUCUUAAAUGUCUGCAGUCCCCGAACAACCCAGGGAGCAAAAUCCCCGCACAAGGUUACCCACAGGAAGUUCGACGUGGCAAUGACGUCAUGUCGUCGGCCACGUACCGCGCCCAGCCACAGCCCCAGAAGCCGGUGUCCACCGUCCGACCCCAGAGCGCCAUGGCCAUCAGGUCACCCAACGUGCACAAGAGCGGCACAGUGGACCGUCCACCGUCGUCGCUGGGCGUGGCCUGGGGGACGUCUGCAGGAAUAUUUGAUGGCGGCAGUGGAAGACAGCCAAAUGUGGUGAGGCAUGUCAUGUGAUAUGUUGGCAGCGUCCUUUCGGAAGAAACGUAACGCCACCCCUCUCCCCUGGACUUUGGUCAAUUUUUGGCAUUCUUUACUACUUAUGCUUAAAAACUCAGAUGCUGAAAAUUGGCAAAAUGGUGUGAUUGUCAUGUGGUCACAAAUUGGUUGAUAUAAAAAAAAAAAAAAUUGGAUAAGGGUGCAUUCCCCAGCUAAUCCCACUUUUUUUUUUUUUUUUUUUUUUUUGAAAAAAACAAUUAUUUUUUUUUUAUUUUUUUUUUUUUUUUUUUUUUUGGAAAAGACCAAUUAUUUUAUUUUAAUUUCUCAUUUUUGUAAUCUUGAGAAAUACAAAACCCUGUAGGAGAGGGCCACCUCCAAACAGAUGUUGGAAGCAAUUGUUUUCUCUCCCCUCUUUUGUAGACAUCCCUGACUUCUGUCCCGGGUUUAUUUUUUCAUGUGUGUGUGUUUGUAUGUCUCAUGUGUGUGUAAGUGGUUUGAAGGUAGGUAAAGAAAAGACGUGGUGAGGUUCUGAAGGUUUCCAAUGCUUGUUAACUACAUCUCGUGCAAAGUUCACAGUUCAAGUUCAGAAACCUCAACCCCAGCGAGGUAGCAGUGUGCCGACGAGAUUAUAUGUUGUUUUGUCCUAAAAGCAAAUGUUUCGGGAAUUGAAUUUAUUUGCGGUUUUAAAUGUAUGUUCAUUAAAUUUAUGCGUUUAAGUUCUUUAGCCCUCGUAUAUAAAAUUAUGAACUUAAAAUACGUGACAGCAUAAAAAAAAUUUGAUCGCUGAUCGCUUCUCACAGACGAAUGGUGAUAGGAUGAGCUCAGUGAACACACAGGGGACACAGGACACACGGCCUACAACUGGAUACGGUGGAAGUCAGCAACCGUCGAAUCGUGUUCCCAAUGGCCAUUUGGUACGUACACUAAAUAUUGGACUUCGAUAUUAAUUAACUAUUAAAAGUGGCCAUUUAAUCAUGGUGUCACGGUGGGUGAGAAAUGGCGUAUCUUUAACAUAAUGUUAAAAAGUAAAAAUUACGAAUUUAGGGACAUCUGUAGUUUUCUUCACUAUUAUCAAACCAGAAUUGCUUUUUUUUUCUUCAAAAUCUCCUCCCUCUAAACAAUUAUACAGAUCUUAAUUAUUGAACAAAAAUUCAGGCUUCUAUUUGGAUGAAUAGGUAUACAAAGAUAUAUGCACAUGAUCGAAUUGAUGUCAUAGCUUCGUUUUAUAAAGUCUGAACGUCACGUUAUCAGGGAUAGAUCAAAUCAUUUGAAAUCUUAAGAUUGAGGUCGACAGGCAGUUUGCCCCAUUAGGAAGCAGCGAUAAGGGGGGGGGGGGGGGGGGGGUAGAGGCUAGCCCAUCUCCUCUUUGUCCUAUUCUAAAUUAACCAGCCAGCCGUAGACGUUUCGCCAAUUAGAACAUUGCACGUGGACCACCAUAAUCAUAAAACUCUCCAACUACAACUGUUCAGUUAAUAGAGUUACCAUUCAUGUUUUGUUCAAUGGAUCGCCUAGAGGAUGAAAUCGCUGAUAGUUCAACAUUCAAUUUUGCAAAUAGGAAAUAAAAUUAUAAUUAAAAUCUUAUCAACGUUUUGACGGCUGGGGUUUUCGACAUUUUAUUUUCAGACGUCCGACGAUCACAAUGACCUGAUGUUUCCUAUACACCAAAAGAGCCGCAGUUUUGGUGAUGGGGUCACUGUGGGCACGGCGGCGGCACAUAACGGAUAUGACCACGUGGACAAAGCUUAUCACAAGCCCGCCACGCGGUAUGCGGGUGUCAGCCAUCUUGACUACGACGUAAGAAAAUUUCGGCAACAUUCCCAUUAUAUGUUGUUUUUUUUAUAUAUAUUGAAAAAUCAUCUGAUUUCUGGCGAUUUUUAUUUUUUUUUAUAUAAUUUCUUCGUGCUCAUAUCUUUACAAAAAUGUCGCAUGAAUAUUGGAGGCCCCAUGCCGUUUGAGCUUCGGGUCCCCUUCUUUCAAUGUUGAUAUUUACUUUGUGUUCGUUUGUAGUUCUUGAGAAAACCAAUAAAACAUAAAAAGUAAAACACUUUAAAUUAGUUAACGGUACACCUCAAAGAGGAACUCGGCAUUCUUUGCGGUUCACGAAAGCCUCGAUCAGUCUAGCGCAGUGAUCGGUAAAUCACGGCUCGCGAGCCGCAUGCGGCUCUUUAAUGACCUGAGUGCGGCUCGGCCAGUCGACCAUAAAUCGGUUUUGACUCCGGAAAAUAUGGUUCUGGACAGGUUCUUGAAAAGAAAUGUGCUUCUCAAAAAACAAAAAAUAAUCGUCCUGCUGCUGAUUUUCUGGCUCUUUUGACUCAUGAGUUUGCCGACCACUGGUCUAAUGAGUUUUCCGACCACUGGUCUAAUGAGUUUGCCGACCACUGGUCUAAUGAGUUUUCCGACCACUGGUCUAAUGAGUUUGCUGACCACUGGCCUAAUGAGUUUGCCGACCACUGGUCUAAUGAGUUUGCCGACCACUGGUCUAAUGAGUUUGCCGACCACUGGCCUAAUGAGUUUUCCGACCACUGGUCUAAUGAGUUUUCCGACCACUGGUCUAAUGAGUUUUCCGACCACUGGUCUAAUGAGUUUUCCGACCACUGGACUAAUGAGUUUUCCGACCACUGGUCUAAUGAGUUUUCCGACCACUGGACUAAUGAGUUUUCCGACCACUGGACUAAUGAGUUUUCCGACCACUGGUCUAAUGAGUUUUCCGACCACUGGACUAAUGAGUUUUCCGACCACUGGACUAAUGAGUUUUCCGACCACUGGUCUUAUGAGUUUGCUGACCACUGGCCUAAUGAGUUUGCCGACCACUGGUCUAAUGAGUUUUCCGACCACUGGUCUAAUGAGUUUUCCGACCACUGGUCUAAUGAGUUUUCCGACCACUGGACUAAUGAGUUUUCCGACCACUGGACUAAUGAGUUUGCCGACCACUGGUCUAAUGAGUUUGCCGACCACUGGUCUAAUGAGUUUGCCGACCACUGGUCUUAUGAGUUUGCUGACCACUGGUCUAAUGAGUUUUCCGACCACUGGUCUAAUGAGUUUUCCGACCACUGGUCUAAUGAGUUUUCCGACCACUGGUCUAAUGAGUUUUCCGACCACUGGACUAAUGAGUUUUCCGACCACUGGACUAAUGAGUUUUCCGACCACUGGACUAAUGAGUUUUCCGACCACUGGACUAAUGAGUUUUCCGACCACUGGACUAAUGAGUUUUCCGACCACUGGUCUUAUGAGUUUUCCGACCACUGGACUAAUGAGUUUUCCGACCACUGGUCUAAUGAGUUUUCCGACCACUGGACUAAUGAGUUUUCCGACCACUGGUCUAAUGAGUUUGCUGACCACUGGCCUAAUGAGUUUGCCGACCACUGGUCUAAUGAGUUUGCCGACCACUGGUCUUAUGAGUUUGCCGACCACUGGCCUAAUGAGUUUGCCGACCACUGGACUAAUGAGUUUUCCGACCACUGGUCUAAUGAGUUUGCCGACCACUGGCCUAAUGAGUUUGCCGACCACUGGCCUAAUGAGUUUGCCGACCACUGGACUAAUGAGUUUGCCGACCACUGGUCUUAUGAGUUUGCCGACCACUGGCCUAAUGAGUUUUCCGACCACUGGACUAAUGAGUUUUCCGACCACUGGCCUAAUGAGUUUGCCGACCACUGGCCUAAUGAGUUUGCCGACCACUGGUCUAAUGUAACUAAGCACACAUAAAAGCAGCAUGAUUGUCAUGAUGCGAUCUAAAAGGUCGCGGUAGUGAGCCCUGCCUUCCACUAAAGCUUUUUUUUCUGCUUGUCACGAUCUGAGAAAGUUUUAAGACGUAAUUCUAGCUCUUUCCAGUCCAUCGUUGGCUGACUGUAGUUUCUUGACUUCGUGUGCCUCUUCGGGGUCUUUAUGUAUCAGCAACGACUGAAGUCUUUUGACGCUAGUCUCAUUAUUGCCCUACCAACCACCAGCAACCUUGUACGUCAUCCUGCUGUUCAGAACACACAAGUAAAAUUCGAACCACCAUUUUCCCAUUGGACACCGUCUUAUCAAAGAAGUCAGGAUUGAAUCUGCGGUUUCUUUUGAUUUUUUUUACAUUUGCAGUCCUUAAUUUGGACAGCUCUAAGUGUCACAGUGUUAAUAAUUGAACAGUCGGACAUACUUUUCAUGUGCAAACAAUUUUUUUUCCACAUCGCAAAUUGAGGACUUAAUAAUAGCCAAGGAACUAGGCAGCCGUGAGAGUUGCAGGGCCGAAGUAAAGGUUCUUUAUCUUUAGUCUUCUGAACUCUUCCGGAAUUUCGAUCUCUCUUACCAUAAAUAAAAUCAUUUCAUUCAUAGUUCACCCUGUUUUAGUCAGCUUGUAAUACACUUAUAGUACGCUUGUAACUGCAAACAUCUCUUUAUGGUCACUGUUAUUCAAAUAUUUUGAUUAAAGUGAUCAUAUUGAAGUGGUCGUUGAGCCGGUCCAUGAGUAAUUAACUGUGGCCUGGCCCAACCGGGACUGCAUCUUUGAAAAAAAAAGGACCAAAUGAAGAAAGUGAUGCUAAAAUGGUAAUAAAAACUAUAACUUCACUAUAAACAUAAGAUACACAGUCUACAUCUCCUAUCAUUUGGACUUCCUCUACAGUCUACAUCUCCUAUCAUUUGGACUACCUCUACAGUCCAACUCUCCUAUCAUUUGGACUUCCUCUACAGUCCAACUCUCCUAUCAUUUGGACUACCUCUACAGUCCAACUCUCCUAUCAUUUGGACUACCUCUACAGUCCAACUCUCCUAUCAUUUGGACUACCUCUACAGUCUACAUCUCCUAUCAUUUGGACUACCUCUACAGUCCAACUCUCCUAUCAUUUGGACUACCUCUACAGUCCAACUCUCCUAUCAUUUGGACUUCCUCUACAGUCCAACUCUCCUAUCAUUUGGACUACCUCUACAGUCCAACUCUCCUAUCAUUUGGACUUCCUCUACAGUCCAACUCUCCUAUCAUUUGGACUACCUCUACAGUCUACAUCUCCUAUCAUUUGGACUACCUCUACAGUCCAACUCUCCUAUCAUUUGGACUACCUCUACAGUCCAACUCUCCUAUCAUUUGGACUUCCUCUACUAUGUCCAGCUCUCAUAAUUUUAAAAUAAUUAUUUACUCUUCUGUAAAAAUCAGUAGUGCGUUACACACUUUUUUUUCUUUGUAACUUGUUUCUUCUGUAGUUAAAGAGUUUAUUUAUGAAAGAUUGCCACCGAUAAAUCGAUCAUUGCCCGCACGCUUGGCGUGGCUUGUGCCGGCGUUGUGUAUUGUUGGACGUCCAUUGUACGACACCCAACGAUCGAUCAGACACGACAUUCGUUUUAUGAAGAUAUGGGUUUCUAGCGGACUUGUGUACUGCUGGAAAGAGAAUAGCCAGCUUUUGAUUUAUUGUGUAAAUAAUAACAUAAGGUUUAAAGGUUUUCGCAUGGAAUGGUCAAGAAUAUUUAUAAAUAACCUUUAAAAAAAAAGUAACGUCCGCCCUUACUGCCCGUUAGAAUUUUAGUAUUUUAAAAUUGCAAAAGAUAAUUUAAUCUAAUUUAUUAUUUCCGUCCCCGUCCCCCCCCCCUUUUAAAUCUAGUCAAAUCUCACCAAUGGACACAGAGAUCUCUUGAGGCAAGACGGACAGCCAAUGGGAAGGCUGCAGCCGCAACCAAUGAAAUCACCGACAGCUUACAAUCACAUACUUAAAACUCCUCAAGGGCGAGAAAAUUUGGCUUUUGUACAUGAUGACAAUAAUAUGGGCACUUUAGCGACUAGGUUUGUAACAAUUUAACUGGGACUUUCAAUAUAUCAUUCCUCACAUACAGAUGGCCACUGGAUCUGAAUGUUGUUGAUGAAAAAGAUAUAACUGAAAAGAGACAGUUCAUGAGUAACAUACACCAUAUUUGAAUGCUACUUUUUCAGAUUUUAUCACAGAAAAAAAUCUUGAAAGCCCUUUCCCUCUGUAUCUGUAUAAUUAUAAUUUUUUAAAUAUUAUAGCUAAACAUGAAAUAAGUGAUAAUGAUCACAUAUAUUAACAUUAAUAAAUUCAAUCGUGUGACUUUAGUGUCUCCUACUUUCACUCUUUGCUAAAGAAUGCGGUUAUAUGUCCCUCUCCUACUUCUCCUACUUUCACUCUUUGCUAAAGAAUGCGGUUAUAUGUCCCUCUCCUACUUUCACUCUUUGCUAAAGAAUGCGGUUAUAUGUCCCUCUCCUACUUUCACUCUUUGCUAAAGAAUGCGGUUAUAUGUCCCUCUCCUACUUUCACUCUUUGCUAAAGAAUGCGGUUAUAUGUCCCUCUCCUACUUUCACUCUUUGCUAAAGAAUGCGGUUAUAUGUCCCUCUCCUACUUUCACUCUUUGCUAAAGAAUGCGGUUAUAUGUCCCUCUCCUACUUUCACUCUUUGCUAAAGAAUGCGGUUAUAUGUCCCUCUCCUACUUUCACUCUUUGCUAAAGAAUGCGGUUAUAUGUCCCUCUCCUACUUUCACUCUUUGCUAAAGAAUGCGGUUAUAUGUCCCACUAUUCCCUUACCACAGUACAAACACAACCAACAACGAACUUCGCAGCGCCUGGCAGAGACUCUACGGCAGCCGACCUGAACCAGUUUCACUGAGCCGUGAACCAUCUGUAGACGACACGCACUCUAGGAACACACCCACUGUUGACAGCAAUGCCAGGUUCCAAACUGGUCAGGUAAUACCUGCUCCAUACGGUUGCCUUAUGUAAAAUGUCAUGGACAGCCAAACUUUGGGAAAUAACUCAGCAUUUUCCCCUCCUACAUGGCGAAAUCCAAACAGUCAAGUUUCUGAACUGUUUUCUCUUUUCUUGAUGUUUCUUGUUUUGUCUUGUCUGCCGAAGAAGGCUCUUAGCCGAAACGUUCUCCUUUUUAAUUGUCCUGUCUUUUCAUUGCAAGCUUCAACAGAACUUGUUCCACGAUUGCCUUUACACAUCUUGAGCGCUGUCCUUUAUGUAUUAUUCAGUAUCACGGGACGUGUUUAGACUCUUAUUCUUUCAACAUUGUCAGGUUAAGCUAACAUUGACCAUUUAAAAUUUUGUGCAAGCCUAACAUUUUAAUAUAUUACUUGCAUUUAACGAGUUUCGUUUUUUUUUCCAACCAACUGGAACUCAUUAUACCAUUAAAAUAAAAAUAUUAUAAGAUAAGUCUUAAUUUCAGUAACACACAUCAAUUUUUUUUUUUAGCAACAGAUACUUUAUUCCAUUAAAAAUCAUUAUGGUAUUCUCCACCACACAGAAUAAUCAGGCGUCACCAGCAUACAGUCGAGCGAAUCCUAAUACACAGCCUCCGACUAGACGCAACAGUAACGUUAUCAGUACACCAAUAAGCAACAGAAGACCGAGCAGUGGGUCCAUUGGUGCCCAACAGCCCACCUCCUCGUCCCAAGAUGGCGGUAAAACAGACUUCCGUUACGGCAGCACGUUGUCCCUGAGUCAACAACAGAUCCUUCCGGGGCGAGUCAGUCCGACGGGUCAAAGCUCAAGCAAUCCUGACCCAGUUUCCGGCGUCAGCAGUUCGAACCAGCUCAGCUCCUACUCGACAACAAACAGAAAUCUGAGUACCUUCAAACCCGAAAAGGAAAAACCUGGCCAACAAUUCGUGGAUCCCGCCAUCGGCCCCGCGGCCAAAUACCCUGACACGCCGAUCCAGUCGUCCAGAAAACUUUCCCCAUCAAAUUUGCACGGCCAGAAUUUAGCCAAGCCAACAUCUAGGCCAAGCUCGGCAUCGCCACUUUUUCACGGACAAAGACUGCGAAGCAACUCGUCGAACUCGGUGGAUACCAUCGAGUUCAACGUCGGCUACAACUUGCCUCACGGCAUCUCUCGAGGACAUAACAAGGGCUCCGCUUUUCUCGAAAGCGAGGACGACCUGGGGGACGAAUAUUCCCUUCAGCCUUUGGACAGCAUUUUCGAUUUCCCGGAUGCAGACAGUGAGAAUGGUUCAGCGACGCCUCGUUUGCCCGAUCUGUCCCCCAAUGUCACGCCAAGGGGGUCUGGCAGAUCCACGCCUGCUAACGUCUCGAACUCGCGUUUUAAGCACGCCUCCCCUGUCACUUCUGGAGGUCAAAGGUCACCACCAAAAACCCCGGAUCUGUUAAGGGCCGGUCAGAGUCUUCGGUCGGCACCGGUUGCCAGAGUGCCGGACAGUAAAGGACGGACACAAUCCAACAGCCAAGUAAAAGAUGACAAAAGAUUUUUAAACAGUCGUAACCUUGACCUUGGAGGGCCUCCUGGCGGAAGACAUUUGCUUACAGAAUACAGUAAAACAUUAUUUUAUUACCAUUUUGUUUUAGUGUAAGAGUAAUUUUCUUAAAGGUUAGUUUUGUUGUUAGGGUUGGGGUAAGGUAAGUUUAGACCCUAACCCUGAGACAUUGAUAGAAAGAGCCAUAACGAUAACGUAUCUUGAUUAAUUUGCAACCGAAAUAAAAAUGUUGUUUCUUUUUUCACAUUAAAAAUGAAGCAUUACCAACUAAUAUAACAUAUAUAAACGAGUCCGACUUUCUUUGAAUAAUUAUAACUACCUCUUUGUGAUGUCAGCACGCAGCAGAAGUCUGGAAGACGUCCGAGAGUCAGGGAAUGAGAGUACCAUUUCAUUUGACAUUGAGAACACGAUGCUGACCGUGGAACCGUCUGACCAGUCAGAGAUGGGAACACUCAGGUCAUUCAAGAGUACAUCGGUCAGAGCACAAUUAAACAGGUAGUGAAUAUAGAGGAGACGCCACUCUUUGAACAUGAUUGAGUAGUGGAUUUGUGAUUUUACUGUCGUACUAUUAUUUGUAGGCGUGUUCCUACUUACGUUACACCUAUACGUCUUACGGUCUAUUUAGAUGUUAUAGCUUGUGUGUUGACCUUUUUUGUGCUUCAACGUAGCGAUGUAGCGUCCACUCUUAACUCUUAACUCACCCACUUUUUUUUUAUUUUGCCAUUGACGUCGACGAUUAAAAGUUUCGCGUUCCACCAUUACCCACUUUUCACUUUUAAUGAGUGUGCUCCUUUAUGCUAGUAAAUUUGUAACCUAUAUUUUUCAAAAUUGACCUAUGUCAAAAUGGACUUUGUUGUAAAACAAAUCUCAUCGGUAAAGCCAUUAGACAUAUAUUCUGGAAAAGAUUUAUUUUCUUUUACGAAAGAUUUAGAAAUAAAUUAGUUCAUUCUGCGUUAAAAAAUACAUUUAAAGAUAAGAUCAUCGUCCAUUUAGUGGAAGAAGAUCUGUUACCUGACAAUGAUCUGGUCUCAGUCAAUGAAUAAAAAGGAAGCGAAAAUUGGGCCAAAACACAGGCUAGAAUACUAGAUAUGCUCCUAAGUAUGUUUUAGCUAUAGUUGAAACAUGGAUAUGUGCCUUUUUGUUAUUUUAGCUUUGUUUUUUUUCCUUAAUUUUAGGUGUUUCUUACUAUAUGUGUAGCUAUAUGCCGUGCUAUAACUUUAGCUGUACAUCUUAUUUCUCAUCAGACUAGAAGGCAUGUAUUCUCGUGUAUUACAAACUCUAGAGGAGACGGCCAAUGAGUCUAAGACCAGGAGGAGGUGGAGCAUCGGCAGUUCGGAUACCAGCUCCCUCAGGCAGCCACAACGUCACAGCAGGCACGGUCGCUCGUCUGCUCACAAGCUUGGGGGUCGGGACGUUAAGUAAGUCGUUCAUACCUUGGUUUUGUUAUCAAAACGAUUUAAAUUCACCUGUGUCGAGAAGGUUUCUUGAAGUAUAAUAGGUGUUUUUCUUUUCUCCGCCCAUUUCUAAAUGGUAUGGCUGUCUACCACCACACGUAAAGAAUAUGUACGAUGCCUGCAUGGUCUUAAAAUUAAACUUUAGUCAUUAUUCUAACAAACUAAUAUAAAAUGCAAUCACUUUUUAUGUUAACGGUAUUUCAAUACAAUUGUAUAGAUGGAAAUUUUUGUGUUUUUUCAAGGAUAAACAAAGUCCUGGCCAAGCAAUGUUUUCGUGGCCCCAAGUGUAUUUUUUAAAUGUCAAAUUACGGAUACUUAUAUUUUUUCAAUGAAAUCACUAUAAAUCUUAAGUUGAAAAGUAUAGAUUUUCAGACCUCUAUUGUUAAAGAAUUAUCAACAAGAAAUAACCUGCCAAAGAAUGGCGACUGCAAUGAGUGAACUUCCUUUCUACUGAAGUUACUUGACAAAGCAUGCACUGAGCUAUCACAUUUUAUAAAAAUACCAAUCACUGCUAACUUCUGGGAAUUUUAUUUUUGUGUCAUUUUAAUACAGCGUUGCAGCCAAACAUACAAAAAAAAAAACUAGAGAAUUAUUUUUUGUAUUUUUUUAAGUGUUGUUUUACAAUAUAGUCUGAUUUUUUUGCAGAUGUAUGUUCCUUUUCAAAUUUAGAUCAUAUUGAAUAUGAGGCCCUAUGAAAGAGUCUUUACUUUUUACUUAAAUGCCGAAAAACGAGAUAUUUUAAUUAGAUCUGGAUGGCUAAGGAUACAUCAGCCCAUUGGGGUGGUGGGGGGGGGGCUACUACAUGCUUGCCUACCCUUCCACAAUAAAACCUCUGCAUUUGGCCGAAAAAUCCACCCCUCCAUGUAUAGAAAAGGUGACGAAUGGGGCGUACCAUUCCUUCGACCCCCCCCCCCUCUUUUUUUUCAUAUGCCUCUGCUGUUUUAAACAAAACUAUGGCCUUCGCAAGAAAAUAUAAACGUAACAAAGGAGAUAAACAAGCAAAGAGAUAUUAUAUUUAUGUUAACCCUCUGCAGCUUUUAAAAAUCAUUUUCCUCUCUAUUGACAGGGCCAUCAAUAAGCGGUUUCAGAGACUUGAAUCACACGUCAUAACAUUAGCAAGAAGUGUUGCGCACCUUUCAUCGGAAAUUCGCACCCAGAGCACAAUGACGCGAGAGAUUGAGAACGUGAAACGGGAGAUCAACGAGCUGAAACAGGACAAACACGCAGCCGCGCCAUCUUCGGGACACGCUACCGUGGGGAGCAGCCCACAUUUAAACGACAGUGAAAAAUAUCGCUACUGGUCUCCCUUCUUCGCUAACCCAAGGCGUGUUGGUAAAUUGACAAGGUGGGUUCAGUUUGUUCAAAUGUAAUCCAAUGUCAGUCAAGGCCUCUUUCAUGCCACGGAUAAGUUAAAUCGCAUGCACACAAAGCGCCUCUCUCUUGUUGCCAUCAUGUCAUGUAUGUGUUAGGACUGGAUUGACUUUGGUUGGGAGGGGGGGCAGCCUUUACUACCCUUUCUCUUUUCAAAGUAGGCCUACUCUCUGUAAUUCUCCGUACAUUUCAAAUUUUCAAAAUUUUCACUCAUGUAUUGUAAUACUUAUUAUUAUAUAUUGUGUAUUUAUUUAUUUAGGCAUUUUUAUAUAGCGCUUACCAUAAAGCUCUUAAGCGCUUUACAAUUAUUAAAAACAUGUAAACUAAGUAAAUAAAAAUGAGACACUAGGAUAGUAACUACUAUACUAUAGAAACAAUGAAAAUGGCUAUAAAACGAGGACACUUUGACACUUGGACACUUCAGGAUCAACCCGAAACAGACAGGGCAAGGAGGGUGCAUCACAGGUCAUAGGCGGACCUAAACAGAUGAGUUUUAAGGGACUUUUUGAAAAUGGACGAGGUUUCACAAUGGCGGAUAUGGAAGGGGAGCUGGUUCCAGAAUGUAUACUACGUGUACAGUAAAGAUAAUCCCAAUUAUAUUCGAUAAUAACGCGUUGAUUUCUUAUUCCGUUUUCAGAUUCUUUGGACAGGAGCCGCCAUUACUGGAACUCUUCCUUAAGAAAUUAGGAUACGAGGUAUAAGGCGUUUUAUUUUAGCCUCCUCUCCAAACGAUGUUUUUCAAAAAAACUAAUAUUUAAUUUUAUGCAAUAGUAUAAAAGAAAGUUUUCCACACAAAAAAAAAAUCUUAAGAUUUUCUUAAACUAAAGAUUUAUUCUUUAGUUGCAGGGUCAUUUUACUUUAAUUUUUUUUUUAAAUAUAAUAUUCUUUUUUAGAAAUUCCUCAAGAACUUUGAAACGCAGCAUAUAGGCAUGAUAGAGCUUCCGUAUAUGACAGAAGACAGGUUGGAGAGUAUUGGAAUCCCCAUGGGACCGAGGCUGAGAAUCUUACAAGAAGCCCAGAUCUGUGUGAGGAAAGGAGACUUUGAUAUCUACUUCGUCUGAUCUGAUAAGACUGCAAGACAUACUUUUCUAGAUGUCAAAUCUGAUACACCAAUCACCGUCUCGUGUCUACAGCAUUUAUAAACUAGGAUCAUUGGGACUCUAAUGCUGACGACCGAAUUAUUGUUAGCUUCGAUGUGUUAUGACUUCUUGGGAUUGUUGUUGACAUAAAUGAAUGUUUAGUUGUUUCAGAGAGUUCCAAUUCAAGAAUGUUACUGCAUGUGGCUGUUUUAUAAGAAGGGUGAUCAAAAUAAAGAGAGAAAUUAAAUACACACAUUUCCUCUACAGUGGGCCCUGAAAGGUUUAAUUUGUAUCAAAUAUAAAAAAAUCAUUUGAAUCUUUGGCAGAAGAGAUGACGUUCGUGGAUGAGUUCUGUCAACUGCCAAUCUCAGGAUUAUGUGUUCUAGAUUGUGUGUAGGUUUCAUUUUCGGAAAGUUUCCAUGAAGUUAUCUGCAUAAACUUGACAAUCAGUUAACAUAGGGUUUGACCUGCGCGGAUUGCUUUGUGUAUGGUUCGAGGCUUGGAGCUCGUCAACGUGAAAAUAUGUAUUUAACUUACAGUAAUCAACAAGUUUGGAUGAUCUGAUCGAUUAGAUUUGAGGAACACUUAUUGACUCACACGCAGUCUUUGAUGAUGAGUGAUUGUGGUGAAAUUUGGAGGCAAGAGACACAUACAGGUUUAAGAUAGCAACAAACUAGGAGAAGAUCGUUUUGGACAGCAACAAACGAGGAGAAGAUCAUUUUGGACUCAGUUAUUAAAAGUCGUUGUCGCAGUUGUAACAUGAAGGAUUUUGUUUGAACCAUUUCGUGGUUUUGAAAUAUGUUUUAAAUUAAUAUUUAAAGCUAUAACUAUAAAAGUUGGUACAAAACAAAAUAAAAUCUUCAGGUAACUGACACUAAGAAAAUCUUCAGGUAACUGACACUAAGAAAAUCUUCA